GCUCAGACUCCAAACAGCCGAAACAGUCUGAGGGAUAUAUUAUACAGCCAUUCACUCCGCUGAAAUCACAAUGUGCAGAGGACUAGAAUCACUGCCAACCACAUGUCUGGAGAGGGCAAAAGAACUGAAGGCUCGUUUUGGCUGCAUUUUCCAGAAGCCAGAUCUAUCACACAAAAUGGAUAAAUUAAGCAGCAGGGUCACUCCAGAAGAAUGCAUGAAGUGGAGAGAAUCAUUUGACAGGCUCCUGGCAAACAAACAUGGGCUGUGUGCUUUCAGGGCCUUUCUGGUCUCAGAGUACAGUGAAGAAAACCUUGCUUUCUACCUGGCCUGUGAGGACUACAGAAACACUACAUCCACAUCAAAGCUAUCUGCCAAAGCAAAGAAGAUCUAUGAGGAAUUCAUUGGUAGUGAUGCACCCAGAGAGGUCAACAUCGAUCACGAGACGAGAGCGGUCACCAAACACAAUGUGGAUCAGCCCAGCCCGUCCUGCUUCGACCAGGCGCAGUCCAAAGUCUAUACCCUCAUGGAGAAGGACUGCUACCCCCGGUUCAUGCGGUCGGCCAUGUACUGCGAGCUCACCAGGUCCCUGAGCCGCAAAAUGGCACAGCGCGUGGGCGGCGACGAGAAGACCAGAAAGUAAAAGUCCUCUCCUCUGCGGUUCAGCCAGGCCAAUGUCCCAAAGGGUUGCGAUCGGUGGAGACUGAAGACUAAAGAACUUUUAUCGGACUAGACAGGCGCAGACAGAAAACUCCCCGGAGAUUGGAUGCCGAGACUGUCACUGGAGAAUAACUGGUUCCUGUAGCAUUUUUUGACACACUGGAGAAGCACUGCAUUUGCACAUAAUUCACUGGAAGGAUGCUUGUAAUAUCAAAUACUUUACACAUGGAAUAAUUCUAUUUUCCACACUUUUAUGACGACAACAUAUUUAUGUACGCAUUUAUUUAUUCGUUAACUUAUUUAUUUAUUAUUUAUUGUUUCUUUGUUACUGUGUUGAUAUCAACUUAAAUGUCAUAUUGAUUAAUAUUUUUAUAUUUUUAUACGAAAGUAAAAGAAUUGUAUUUAAAUAAAAUAAACAAAAUAA